UAGAGCUCCUCUGACAAGGCAUCCAUCCUGACCAUCCUCCAGGUCCUUGGAGAUCUUCUUUCUGUUGGUACAGACAGGAGGAUUCACUAUAUGAUCAGCAAAGGUGGUAGUGAAGCCCUUCUGCAGACUCUGGUGGACACUGCAAGGACAGCUUCUCCUGACUAUGACAUUCUCCUGCCUCUCUUCAGACUGCUGGCCAAAGUUGGCUUACGAGAUAAAAAGUUUGGACAGAAGGCACUGGAAUUGGAAGCACUUGAUGUGACAUUGAUUUUGACCAGGAAAAACCUGUCCCAUAGCCACAACCUCCUGCACUGUCUCUGGGUUCUGCGUGUGUUCGCUUCCAGUGUAACCACAGGAGCCAUGCUGGGAAUUAAUGGAGCCAUGGAACUGCUUUUCAAGGUCAUUACGCCUUAUACCCGAAAGCACACACGAACAAUCAGGGCAGCCACUGAAGUUUUGGCAGCAUUGCUGAAAUCCAAGUCUAACAGCCGCAGGGCGGUGAACAGAGGCUAUGUCACCAGCUUGCUCAGACUACAUCAGGACUGGCACAGUCACGACACCUUCAACACCUUCGUGAUGAUCCGUCGAGGUCUUCUGCUCUGCCUCCAGCACAUCGCCAUCUUCCGGUCAGGCAGGGAAGCCUUCCUGGCGGCCCAGGGCAUGGAGACCCUCUUCAGCAUCACACAGAAUUGCCUGGACAACAAGGGCAUGGAGCCUGUCAUUUCUGUCAUGCUGCAGAUCCUGAGGCAAUGCUACCCAGAGAGUCCACUUCCCUUGGUCACAGCCAGCAGUGCCUAUGCCUUCUCAGUCCCUGGGAGCAUCGCCGCUGAGCCUCCACCUGCUCUAUCUGAAGAAGAUUUUGAAGAUGAAGGUGAUGAAGAGGUGGAAAAAGACUCGGAUUCCGAGGAUGUGAAAGAGGAAUAUGAUGACUUGGAAACCGAUGUGGAGAAGCUGAGUUCCAAACCUGGACUUGACCGACCUGAAGAGGAACUAAUGCAAUAUGAGUCGAUGUGUCUUGAACUCUCCUAUAGCUUUGAGGAACUAGAGUCCAAAUCUGGAGAUGAGUCAAACUCUGAAGACUCUCAGUACACCAAUCACCACCACAUUCCCACUGCUGCCUCCCCAAAGCAGCACUGCUUGAAGAAGGACCAAACCUCCUGGGGGCAAGAAAAAGAAGACACAGUUCAGACUUCUCUCCUGAGCAUGGUGAAGAUGGGAAGGUCCACUGUGCAUCUGUCCUCCAAAAAAGGACCUGUAAUGAACAUAUACCAUGAUAUGCAAUCCAAAAGUCUUGGGAUAAAUUCUCUUGGAAAUGAUAUCCCUGACAUUCAGACUUCCCCAAAAGAGGAUGCCUGGGACAUAGAAGCAAUUUCUUGCCCAAGUAUGAGUGCCUCCUUUUCCAAUUCCACUAGUCCUAGAGAAGCUGGUGAAGUAAUAGAUAAGCUUCUGCACAUACAUCCCAAACAUAUCCCUUUCCAUGAUCCCUGUCUUUAUAUGGCCAAAGCCAGAAGAACCAGAUCUGUGGUGGACUUCAAGAUGGUAGCAUUUCCUGAUAUCUGGGGACACUGUCCACCUCCCUCUGCUCAGUCCAUGUUGGAACGCAAAUGUGGAGUCCAGAGAAUCAAGAUAUUUGAGGAUGUCCGGAGGUUCAUCCAGCCAAGUGAUGUUAUAAAUAAAGUUAUCUUCAGCUUAGACAAGCCUUGGCCUUUGCAAGACACAGCUUCCGGUUGCCUAAGGUUCUUCUCCAAGUUUGAGUCAGGAAAUCUUCGCAAAGCCAUCCAAGUGCGUGAGUUUGAGUAUGACUUGUUGAUCAAUGCUGAUGUGAACAGCUGCCAGCAUCAGCAAUGGUUCUACUUCAAGGUGAGCGGUAUGAGAGCCAACAUCCCUUAUCGCUUCAACAUCAUCAACUGUGAGAAGCCCAACAGCCAAUUUAAUUAUGGGAUGCAGCCAACCCUGUACUCUCUGAAGGAGGCUCUUCUGGGCAGACCCAGUUGGAUAAGGACUGGCAAUGAGAUUUGUUAUUACAAAAAUCAUUAUCGCCAGAGGGCCGCUGCCACAGGUGGAGCAUCUGGGAAGUGCUAUUACACCCUCACCUUUGUGGUCACCUUCCCCCAUGAUGAGGAUGUCUGCUACCUGGCCUACCACUAUCCCUACACCUACACAGCCCUCAUGACUCACCUUGACCUCCUGGGAAAAAGUAUCAACCCCAGGCAAGUCUACUUCCGGCAGGAGGUUCUCUGCCACACUCUGGGAGGGAAUCCGUGUCCUCUGGUGACCAUCACGGCCAUGCCUGAGUCCAGCAGCACUGACCACCUGGAGCAGUUCCGACAUCGUCCCUAUCAGGUUAUCACCGCUCGAGUCCACCCAGGAGAGAGCAAUGCCAGUUGGGUGAUGAAGGGGACCUUGGAGUUCCUGGUCAGCAGUGACCCUGUGGCAAGGCUCUUGAGGGAAAACUUCAUUUUCAAAAUCAUCCCUAUGCUCAAUCCUGAUGGUGUCAUCAACGGCAACCACAGAUGCUCACUGAGAGGGGAGGAUUUGAACAGACAGUGGAUUUCUCCCCAAGCUCAUCUCCAGCCAACGAUUUACCAUGCAAAAGGACUCCUUCACUACCUGUGCAGCAUUGGCCGGAGUCCCGUGGUCUUCUGUGAUUUCCAUGGUCAUUCCCAAAAGAAGAACGUGUUCCUCUACGGUUGCAGUGUCAAGGAGACCCUGUGGCAAGCAGGCUGUACUGUCAGUGCAUCUACUCUUUUGGAGGAUGUCAACUACAGGACUCUUCCCAAAAUCCUUGAUAAGCUAGCACCAGCAUUCACAAUGAGCAGCUGCAGUUUCCUUGUGGAGAAAUCCCGAGCCUCUACUGCCCGGGUUGUGGUGUGGAGAGAGAUGGGAGUGUCCAGAAGCUAUACCAUGGAGAGUAGCUACUGUGGCUGCAACCAGGGCCCCUAUCAGGGUCUCCAGUUUGGCACCAGUGAACUAGAGGAGAUGGGAGCCAUGUUCUGCUUGGGCCUCCUUAUCUUGGAACUCAAAUCCGUAAGCUGCAGCCAUCAGCUCCUGAAUCAAGCUGCAACUCUGCUGAAUGCAGAAGAUGCUCUAGACUACCACCUCCAGCGGUGCUCUAGCAGUUCAGGUUCCAACCCUAGAGAGCUGGAUGACGAACCAGCCUGCAUGGAGGAAAUCGACUAUAGCACAGACAGCAGCAUGGACCAGGAAGGGAACUUUGCUGAGCUGGACCGGCAAAUCCAGGAGUGUGCUCUCAAUAUGGAUGAGGAGGAAGAAGAGGAGGUGACAGGGAGGAGGACAGAAAGCAUCCCAUAG